AUGCAAGCACUUGGAGCGGGAGAAGAAUCAUUUGACCAACUCAAAGACCAAAUCUUCAAAGAAGACGACAUUUGGCAGACCAGUACGACAAACAGAGCACAGGAAGAAUUCCUCCCAUUUUGGAAUGAAGCGCUCUGGACUCUUAUCGCGGAAACAUGGGAACCGAUCAGAGCCGAAUGGGAGAAAGCCGAAAAUGAGCGUAAGCUUCGAGCUUUCCGUAUGACUUGUGAGACGAUGUCUUUUGGACAGCUAUCCUCAGAAGAUGUUGAAAGAAGAGAGAGAAAAAAAAUGGAUGCCAAAUUGGCCCAUCAGUGGAAAUCACUUAUUGGGAAUCAGGUCGCUACCAGACAUGUCUUGCCCGAAACCCUUGAGAACUAUCAACUACCAUGGAAAUGGCAUGAGGUGAGAUUCCCAUCAUUUUCGAUGCGAGCAAUUGCUUACUCUUCGGUCGCUCAGGGUGUUUACGGCGGCACAUGUAUUGUGAUUAAAGAGAGUAUAAGCCAUGACUUCUUGGUGCAGCUGUUCACACAUAGUCGCAAUCUGGCCGAGAAAAGGCUUGAGGAGAUGAUCAUUGCGGCAAGAAGUCAGAUGGAGCACUUGAAAGAUCCGAAUGAUUCUCCGUCGAAGCUAUAG